GUAGGAUGUGAUGUCUCUUCAGGAUACGUUGCAACAGAGGAUCGGCGCCGCCCAGGCGUUGCUGCAGCGGGCGGAGCAGCUCUGUCGUGGCGUGGAGGGUCACCAGAAGCUGUGUGGUAAACUGCGAGCAGAGCUGCGGUUCCUGCGGCGGGUGGAGACCGGAGAGCUGCAGGUCAAAGAGUCUCACCUGCACAGCACCAACCUGACUCACCUUACGGCCAUCGUGGAGUCGGCCGAGAGUCUGGAGGGCGUGGUCGCUCUGCUGCACGUCUUCACCUACCAGGACGCCACCGGCGGCAGGCAGACUCUGGUGGUGGACGUGGUGGCCAACGGGGGACACACCUGGGUGAAGGCGGUGGGCCGGAAGGCAGAGGCUCUGCACAACAUCUGGCAGGGGCGGGGCCAGUAUGGAGACAAGAGCAUCAUCAGCCAGGCUGAAGACUUCCUUGAAGCCAGCCGCCAGCAGCCCGUCCAGUACCGACACCCCCACAUCGUCUUCGCCUUCUACAACGGGGUCUCCUGCCCCAUGGCCGACCGCCUCAGGGACAUGGGCAUCUCCGUCCGCGGGGACAUCGUCGCUGUGAAUGCUGUGGAGGAGGAGGAGGAGGAGGAGGAGGAGGAGCCAGCUGAAGGUAACGAGGAGGAGGAGGAGGAGUCUGAGUUGACCCGAGUUGACCGCGGCACGGUGGUGGCCAGUCUGGCGUUUCCUGCUCAGGUGCAGGUGGAGGAGUGUCGGCGCGUUAACCUCGACAUCACCACCCUCAUCUCAUAUGUGUCAUCGCUGAGUCACGGCCGCUGUCACUUCACCUUCAGGGAGCCGGUGCUGACGGAACAGGCGGCCCAGGAGCGCCGCCAACAGGUGCUGCCGCAGCUCGACGCCUUCAUGCAGGGGAAGGAGCUGUUCGUCUGCCGCGCCGCCGUCCACGACUUCCAGGUCAUCCUAGACACGCUGGGGGGGCCUGGCGAGAAGGAGCGCGCUCAGAAGCUGCUCGCUCGCCUCCACCUGGUGGACGACCGGCCAUCAGAGCGCACGCUACGCCUCACGCCCAGCGCCAAGAUCAACCAGCGCUCACUCAUGAUCUUCGGCACCGGAGACUCACUGAGGGCCGUUACCAUGACAGCCAACAGCCGCUUUGUCAGGGCGGCAGCCAAUCAGGGCGUCCGCUACAGCGUGUUCGUCCACCAACCCAGAGCUCUGACCGAGGGCAAGGAGUGGAGGGCCACGCCCAUCUGAGACAGUCACUUCCUGUUCAGGGGCUGAUGGGAGUUUGAGUUUGUUACAAUAAACAGGUGUAAUAAUAAUAAUAAUAAUAAUCCUGAGUUCAAUGUAAAUAUAAUCUGAUUCACAAUCUAUAUUCAAAGAUCAAUAAAGCAUCACCGUCGCUUCC